UACUUCCUGUUGUCAAUUUGCUGAAAUGCAUCGCACUUGUUGUUCACUUUUUAUAUUGAUAUUUUGCUUUACACACACUGACAGUUUGGUUCUAGACUCCAUAAAAGGAUGGCUUUUCGGCCCAGACACAGAUAUAGACAAAUCAUUCUCGAAAAAUGUGAAAUUCGAAGUGGUAUCAACAGACAAAAAGUUUCUGAAGUUUGCAAGUGAACUGAACGAGAUGUCCCCCUUGGAUUCUUGUUAUCAUAUAGUUGUAUUUAGUCUCAAGAAAAGGUGUGGGGAGCUUACUGAAGAAGAAUUGAACAAGUUAGCAGUACAACUACUGAACUGUCAAUCACAGGCAGAAGGGAGACCUGUGUUUAAAUGUACCACUGAAAUGACUCUAGCUGACUGUACAAGGGAGAUGGAUGGACCAACAUGGAAUGCCUAUCAGAUUGUUGGUAACAGAGCUAGGGCAAUGUGUUAUGCUACACAACAGGAACAGUUUAGAAGGAUGACAGAGAUGACUGUCAGUGAUUUGGUGAAUGCAGCUACAAAUCAGCUGGACAGUAUGGAAUUAAUAAAGAAUAAUCAGGAAGCACUUCAUAACAUGGCUACUGACACCAUUAGAAAGUUAUACGAGAGUCAACAGGAAAUGCUAGGCCAUCAUCAGCAGUUACAGAUUACACAAGAGGGAGUAAUGACACAGAUAACAGACAACAUGGCAUCACUUAAAACAGAAAAAGCUUUGAUUGCUGCUGGAAAUAAGGAACUGGCAGAUCAGACUCACAAUAUAAAGAACAAAUUAGAGGAUGCCAUGAAAACAUUACAGAGUCAGAAUCAAGAACAAAAGUCGAACCAUGAAAUUAUCAUACAAGAUCUAAUGAACAUACAGAUGAAGGCCCAAGAUACAAUAGAUAAACUUGACAAAAGUACUCAGCAUCUUUUACAAAACCACCAGGAUCUGAAGAAACAGUAUGUAGUCAUGCAUGAAAAGAUGGUAAAAAUUAAUUCAACCGUUACUGAUUUGAUGGAAUCUAUAAAUAACAUGCAGGAAAAGUUAGAUAAAAAGAUUUCUUGGUUUUCUCAUUUACUAGGAACUACAGAGGAAAAGAUAACAACAGUAUUGAUGUUUGGACAACAUAUAGUAUUCCUCAUGCUGAUUAUGUUCCUUACAGCCUACCUACAGGUUCCUCCAAUGUCUCGUGUUCUCAUUCUAGUUGUCACCUUCUUUAACUCAGCUAUUGAGAUCCAGUCUGGAAAAGGAGCAGGAUUUAUCAGAAUGGCAGGAGUUGACUUCUCUAUAAUCAUGGCAAAUGGUUUAUACUAUAUUUGGAAAUCCAAAGGUAAUAUACAGAAGGCUCCUCUAAGACUUACAGGAACUGAUGGUGAUGCUACUCAACCAGUCACACAUGAAGAGUUACAGAACUUGACAAAUAUAGUUGGAAGACUACAGUUUUCCUUAAAUGAGAGUGGUAUAGGAAAUGAUGCAAGUGUUAGAACAACACCUAAUGUAACACAGAUAGAAACACAGGCUAGACCAGACUCUUCUACAAUGCCUGAGGACGUUGACAGAGUACAUAGAUUUGUAUUGAAUAGUUCCAUGGAAAGAUUUUCUACACAUUCCAGGGAGGGUACACCUGUUUUCUCUAGGACCAGUACACCACAGCCUUCAACAUCAAUCAACUACAGGAAUGUCAGGGGUUCAACACCUAGCAGCAGUAUGAGUUCUCGUUGCAAUGGCCUGACACGUAGUGGGACCCCAUGUAGACUGAGUUCUGUCAGAGGUCAAUCAUACUGCAGAAAUCAUACAGAUCAAGGUUAACCUACAACAGUUCACCAGUUAAUACAGCCAUGCCUGGAAACAGUGAGAAAUUGAUAAAAAUAUGCAUUGAAAAAUCGAAUUGUAAAAAGUUACGGACUUUUAUCUACUGUCAACAUUUUUUUGGCAUGUUUGAAAAAUCAAAAGAGCUCAAAAAGAUGCAGAUCUCUUAUUUAUUCACUUCAUAUUAAAAGAUGUCUUCUCUAGAAAUAAUUGUAUAAGAGAGUGGGACAGAAGGCUAUUUAAAAAAAAUGGUUAGUGUUUGUUGAUUCUUAGAACCAACUUUAAGAAACAAUAAAAAUAUCGUUUGAUUUAUGAAUAGAGUUGUUGAAAUAAAAAGAGUCUUAGAAGCACCUCUUUUACAAUUAUUCUGGAACUUUAUAAAUUAUUUAUAUGUUUUUUUGUUGUUGGUACAUCAUUUUAUUGACAACUAGACAUUCCAGAACAGAUGUAGAGUGGGUCUUUAAGAAAAUUGAAAUAUAUUUGCCUUUGUAUUAUUUAUUGUUACAUUUGAUAUUUGAAAUUUGUAUCAUAUCAUUCAGUUUUUUAAUUGUAUUCAAGAUUGAACGAAAAGGCUGAAAGGAUUUUUGGUGCUUGAUUCUAUUUUUAAUUGAUUGCUAAGCUCUAAAAUUAAUUUUUAGGAGUACAUUUUUUUUUAAACAUUUUGGAAUUAUCUUUAAAUUUGUUAAACAUUCUUUUUAAUCCUGAAACUACUUUAUGCAUCCAAAGCAUGUAGCAUUAUCAUUUGAUCUAUACCUUAUGAUUAGUGUUUAAGGGAAACUGUAAAUUCAGAAAUCUUUUGCAUGUUUUAUUAUUGCAAAAAUUGAGAAGGAAUAGGUUUUGCAUAAAAAAGAUCUCUCAUUCUAAAUUUUGAUAGCAUUACUAUAUCAGCAUUUUCUUAAAUGUUUUAGUCGGGUCUUAUUGACUGUGAAAGGUUAAUGCAGUGUCAGUUCAGGAAUCAAGUCAUUUAUUUGUAAAAGAAAUUAAUCAUAGUGUUGUAAUGCAUAUGACUAACAUUCAGCAACAAACUAGCUCAGUAGUUGAGUAUUAAUGUUUAUAAAGAAAAUUAUCUGAAAAAGGAUGAAAUUAAAUUUUUAAGGUUUAUUAUUUGUUUUUUGAUAAUUAAUUCCAGUGCCAAAACUUAGCCAUUUCUUUUUUCCUGUCUCUUACAGAAUACUAAUGCUGUUUUUUUUUUCAUUUCUUUUUAUUAAUUGUCUACACAUUCAAAUUUCAUUGUAUGUUAAGUAAUACCAUUCAUUAGAGAAAUUAAUACCAGUUUGUAGCUUUUAUGGAAUAUAAAUACAAGUUAAGCAGCAGAGUCUGCACACAGGUGCCAUUUUUAAUUUUUUUCAAAAUGCAUUCACUUCCUUUAUAUGUGAUUAAUACAUGUACAGUGGAUUUAUUUUUUUUCGUGGAUUGAGGAAAAAUUGUAUUUUCGUGGAUUGAGGAAAAAUUGUAUUGUCAUGGAUGUUUGAUUUUCAUGGUUUUCCUAAAACCUGCAUACCGGUACAAACUUAAAGAAAUUUGUACUUUGUUAAACAUUUAAAUUUUUGAAUUAAACUCCGUCUGGUGAACCAAUGCCUGUGUGAAUCAUUUCGAUUGGGUCCCUGAAGUGGAUACCUUGGUAUGCAGGGUUGUCAAAUUAUGCAAAUGAAUGCAACAUUUAAAUAAUACCCAAAAUUGACAACAACACUUCAAAUGGUCUGCAAUUUUAUUUACUAUGGUCUACAUGUUUCGCCACUAUACAAGGCAGGCGUCAUCAGGACAAUUUACAUACAGAAAUUAUUUACUGAAGUACCCAAACUGGUAUCUUGAAUUUGACAUCACAAUGUGUGAUGUCAAGGUGAGAGAAACAAUGAAAAGUGAAAGUAGCAAUAAAGAGUUAUAAAUAGAUAAGAUAAAUAUAGAAAUAUAAAGUUUGUUUACAAUGUAACUUGAGUUUGUUUUACUUUUAUAUGAUACAUGACAUUGUUCUAAAGGCUUGGUAUAUAAAUAGACGAACUUCCCAUGGUUCCUACCAUUUUAAAUUUUUUGGGAUGUGUAUCAAAAUGUUUAACUUUUUUUAUAAGAUAUGAUAUCUUGUAACAACAAAAUAUGGCAUUUUUCAGCCUUUAUAAAAGAUGUUAUAUGUGAAAUAUAGAGCUGUUGUAUAUAUAAAACGUCAAAUAUGAGUAGCAACUGUUUUGAAAGUUUUUCGUUGUAUCAACUUGUUUCAACUACCAAUCAUGAAAUAAUAAUUAGCGAAACCAGAAAUGAAUUACAAUGUAUAUAAGCAUAUUAAAAAGGUUAUAUGUAUAAACAGUUUUCAGUUUAAGAUUGAAUUAUAUAUGUAUAUAAAUGGAUCAUUAUAUUUAAGAGACUUGUACUGGUAAUUGACCUUUUUUAAUAUUUACAGUAAUUUAGAAAAGAAAGAAAUCAUAGUUUCUCAGAGACUAUUUAAAGAAAAUGUUUUCAUGUGAAAUGAACAAAAUGUAUGAAAUUUUUUUGUAUAUUAUUGCAAAAUACGGAAUUAGAUAUACGCUUUGCUAUUUCAUUUAUAUAUUUGCAGUUGCAUGUAUAUGAUCUGCUUUAAAGAAUUUAAAUAUUGUAAAUUCAGAAAUCUUUUCCAAUCUUUUUAUUAUUACAAAAAUUAGUGUUUUAAAUUUUGAUAGCAUUUAUAUUGGAUUGCAGCAUUUCCUAAAUUUAUAAUAUUUAUCUAAUAUUUGUGUCCAUUGGAACAAUAGCACUUAUAAAUGCACGCAAAAAUUUCUGAAUUUACAAUAGUAUUUAUAUAUUAUGGGGUACAGUUUAGGUUUUAUGCUAUGUUCAGAAUUUGAUUAUAAUUGAGGUUUGGGUUUGUUAUGUUUACUAUUAAAGUAAGCUACAGUAAGCAUUAAUUGGAGAUGGCUUUGCACAAAUGGUAUCAUCUUAUGCUGUCUCAAACGAACAUUUUCUCAAAAGAAAUAGAAGCUCACAGAUCCAAUCCUAUUGAUAUUCUUGGUUGUUUCAUUUCAAUACUCUCAAGAAUAAGACCAAAUUUUUUGUUUCUAAAAAUGUGCUCACGUUUUUUUAAUUGUGCUCAUUUUGUUUUUCAGGCAUUCUCCUGAUAUUAAAUGCCAUAAAAACAUUGUUAUUUCAGUAUACUAAAAACAGACUAUUUAAUUUUAUAAUGUCUAAAAUAGUAGUUGUCUUUGUUUGAUAGAAGUUCUAAUACCAGAACCGUAUGAACUGCCAUGUCUACCACUUGAGAUUUUUUGUAGCAUUAUUAGAGAUAACAUAGAAUAAUUCUUAUAUGAUUUGAAUAUUAGGGAAUACGUUUAUAUGGUUGGUCGAGAGGGCUUCUGGUUGUGGCUCUUGAAGUUAUUUAUUUUCUGAUAGACGACGUUGACGGAUUUACAUAUUGUAACCAAUGUAAACAAGAUGGCGGUGUUAAAAAUAUUUAUUUUCAUUUUGCGUUCUUUGUUAAAUAAUCAACACAAAACAUUCAUUUGAAUGAUAAUAAGCUAUUUUUGUAGUUUAUUUUUUUCAGAUAGCAAAUUUCAUGGAGUAUAUUUUUUUUGCUUUUACAAAAAAUAUAGUCAUGCGCCAGGCCAAUUCAAUGACACAAAUAUACAAUUUCCAUGUUAUAUAGAGGUAACAAGUAGGGAAAUUAAGUUUCUUAUCUAAAAUUUUAAAGAAUUAUAAGGAUUAAACAUAUUUUUAAAGGAAUUUAUUGGUGUAUAAACUGGACCAAGUCACUCACAAACAUAUCAAAGGACUUUUAUUUGUUUGUGAUUGAAUUGGUCCUGUUUAUACACCAAUAAAUUCCUUUAAAAAGGCAUUUAAUCCUAUAAUAAUCUGGAAAUUUGGGGAUGUUAUAUGUGUUGCAUAUAUUUUUGGCAAAAAAGAAAAAGGUUAUCUGGUCAUUAUUUAUAUUAUUUAUAUUGAGAGUAUAUCCUACAUGUAUCAUCAUAAAACUGGUUCCAUUAUUAUAGGACUGUUACAACAUUUGAUCUUCUGUCUACAGCAUAUCACAGCUUUAACCAGUGUGUAAGAAUAUUUAUCAAGAGCUACAUUAGUCAGACAUAUAGUCUUUUAACAAUGAACUUGAUAAUUAUGCCCCUUUUCCAUGUGGAAUUUAUAUUGUUAUUUGUUAAACCCCCUUCAAGAAACCGUAAAUGUCAGUUAAAUUUUUUUAAGAUUACAUAAGCAUGUUAAGAGCCUUAUUUUGUAUUAAAAAUUUUGUAUUUAGAAAUCAAAUGAAUUUUGUGCGUGUGUGAUCAUUUAAAGCUUAACAGUAAUGUUUUUCAAAUAUUAUAAAUAGUUUCAAGAUUUAAUGGUGCAUAAUUUGUUUUCCAAAACGAUAGAAAAUGUUUAGUUUUGACAGAUAUAUAUAUAUAUAGAUAUUAAUGGCUGGGAAAUAUAUAGGAUAUACAAAAACCACUUAAAUAUUUAUAAAAAAAGUGUUUUUUAUGGAACUACCUUCUUGUUUUAUAAAUUUUGCAUUACCUCAGCUUCAAUACAGACAUAAAUAGAAACUUUUAAUUGAAAGUAUAGGUUUUAGUGACAAAUUAUGAUAGAUAAGGUCCUUAUAACACUCUAUCCUUCACAAUUGUUUCAUGUCUCAACUUCACCCUAGUUUGUAUCUACAUGUCUGACGUGAACAUGUUCCAAAUUGUAGCUUAAACUCUCAUCUUAUUUUCUAAUAAGCACCAGUUCAAGGAAAAAAUGCAUAUCCUCACACAAUAUAUGCUUUGAAUGAACAAAGUUUUUAUUUCAUCCAUUUUUUUUAAUUUUAAAUUUAUUAACAGCAUUUUAGUUUAUUUAUUAAACCAGACAAUUACAGAUUUAACAGUAUUACUAACAUCUAUGCAAAACGGAAUGAAAUGAAACAUAACGAAAAUUUAUGGUGCUUAGAUUAUGUUUUUAUGUGUAUUUGUGUGUGUGUGUUUUUUUACACAAUUUCCAUAAGAUCAUCAUGUAAACUAUUUCCCAUGUGUCAACUUUAUUAAGUCUAAUCAAAUAUCAUUACAACAAACUAAAGGACCAAAUAGACUGUGUGUUUGUUUUUAGUUUUUCUAGAAAAGUCUUUUAAGUGAAUGUUUUUAAUUUUUUUGUAAAGACAUCAGUUUACUGCAGCACAUUAUGAAUUUUAAAUAUGCUGUCAGAUACAAAUCAUGUAAAAGAAGGUAAAUGUGGUACAAAGUUUACAACUAACCAACUUUUCUCAAAAUAAGGUUCAAUGAAUUAUACAAUUUUUUGUGCAUUAACUUUACAAACGUUGAGCAAAGUACCUGAUUUUAUAUAUAAAUAAGAAGAUGUGGUAUGAGUGCCAAUGAGACAACUCUCCAUCCAAGUCACAAUGUGUAAAAAGUAAACAAUUAUAGGUCAAAGUAGGGCCUUCAACGUGGCUCACAAAGAACAGCAAGCUAUAAAGGGCCCCAAAAUGACUGUUUUAUCAGUAAGAAAAAGACACUGUUAAAAUAUUUGUAUACAUAUUGAUAAUAUAGUACCAAAUAUUUUCGUAUACUUCUUUAUGAAAUGAAGAAACAGUAUAAGUUCAUAUUUUUGAUGGCUGAGCAUUUCACAGUAAAUUUUUGCAUGCUUCAAAUCAUUUGAAUGGCAUUUCUUACUUUGCACAAAAUGUGCAGUAGACUCUAAAUAGGUUUUGAACAUGUGAACAGAUUUGUUUUAGGAUAAUAGUGUAAUGAAUUAUUUGGUACUAUAAUAUAAAAGGGUUAAUGUAAAAAAAUUAAGAAACUUUGUACCCAACAUCAUAUUGGACUCACAAGUUGGUGCAACAUGACAUUCUAAUAGGGAUAAUAUUCCUUGAAAAUAGUGCAAAAACCAUACAAUAUAGAUAUAUAUUAUCUAAGUAACUGGGCAUUGUGUUACAGAUUGUUAUGAAUUCAAAAUGACAAAUUUUAAGACUUGUUUAAAUGAUAACUUUUUUGUAUUUAACUGUUUUACCCCAAGGAGUUUUUUUUUAUUAGAUGAAAAGGAAGUUUUUUUUUCAUUAGAACUGUUAAAACUUCUAUAGAAGGUUAAACAUACACAUUUGAAUGUUUAUAAGAUAUUUAUGAGUGCUUAAAAAUGUUCCAAAGUAAACUAUUUGACAUCAUGUAGACCAAUCUAACAAUUGUAUACAGUAUUUUGUUUUAAGAAGAAGUUUUUCAUGGAUUUCAUAUCAAGGAGCAUUGAUUUAUAUAUAAUUGAGAGUUUUUUGAGAGAUGAUAUAUAUUUAUUGUAACUUCGUCCUGUCAUGCAGGAUUAAUUAUGUCUUUGAUUGUGUUCACUGUGCUUUCUGUUUUCAAUAAAUGGUUAUUGUUUUUAA